CUYACUUGGCAGCAUUUUUAUCUUUGAGUAAAGAGGUAGAAAUGGCCGACUACGACGGCGAAGAGGUCCGCAAAAAAUGUCGACAUCURAAGUUUACGAUCUGUCGUAAGAUACGCGUAGAGAUCAAUCCGGUCGUAACUUUCAUUUCGGCUUUGUUGAUAUGGGCGUUUGUGGUAUAUUGCUUGAACUGGACGCAGCAAGCUAACGAUAUCUUGCCAACUUGGAAAAAAUGGAUCACCCUAACUUGGACCUGGUUGUACAUUGGUACCCAAGAUGUGUGGGCAGUCUUUAUUUUGUAUCUACUCUUCUCCAAGUAUGGAAAACUUAAACUUGGAAAAUCUGAUGAGAAACCCGAAUUUUCGGACACAUCAUACUUCACAAUGCUGUUCGCAGCCGGUGUUGGUGUUGGCCUGUUUUACUAUGGUGUAGCAGAACCUGUGUACCACUACCAACCAAGCCACGAAACAUUGUGGGCAAACCGUUACCAACAGAGGUAUUCAGACAACCAACGAGCUCAAGAUGCCAUGACUAUUACGAUCUUUCAUUGGGGUUUGCAUGCAUGGGUGGUGUACACCUUGAUCGGUCUUGUUCUUGGAUUCCUGUCCCACAACAAAGGUAUGCCAAUGACCAUGAGAUCCUGCUUCUAUCCUCUUAUUGGCGAAAAGAUUUUUGGUACGUUCGGUGACGUCAUUGACAUCCUGUCCGUUGUGUGCACGAUGUUUGGAGUUUGUACMAGUCUUGGUCUUGGUGUCAUCCAGCUYAACAGUGGAUUUCAUCGUAUGAAUAAGGACAUCCCAGAAAGCAAAGAGACUCAGGUUAUYAUCAUCUGGUGCAUCACAGCYUUGGCUACCAUAUCUGUUGUCAGCGGYCUUAAGCUGGGUAUUCGUCGUCUCAGUGAACUUUGCUUUACGAUUGGGAUGUUCUUGUGGUUUAUCGUCUUCUUCUACGACGAGACCUGGUACCUCCUCAACGUGUUUGUCCAAACUUGUGGCCAUUACAUUCAGUGGUUGAUUCAGCUUGGAUUCCACACCGACGCAUUUGCACAACUAGGAGAUGCUCCCGAUAAGAAGCAKGCAACCACAUGGAUGAAUGACUGGACAAUCUUCUAUUGGGGAUGGUGGAUCGCCUGGUCUCCUUUCGUAGGAAUUUUCAUUGCAAGAAUAUCCCGUGGACGCACAAUUAGGGAGUUUGUCCUGUACACCCUGACCAUCCCAACCGUUUACUCUGUCAUGUGGUUCUCAGUCUUUGGCGGUGCGGGUCUUCGCAUGGAGAGAGCUGCUGCUAAUGCAAACAUCACCUGUUCCUCACCUCUUGGUGGCAAAAACUCCACCGAAUCCUAUCAUGGUCUUUAUCGUCUGUCGUGUCGGCCUUCAACCAGUAUGUGGUUUGACGUGAUGGAUCAGUAUGGUGGACUUGGACCGUUCCUCUCUGGAAUGUCCAUAGUUGGCUUAAUUCUWUACUUUGUGACGAGUUCAGACAGCGGUUCUCUUGUGAUUGACAGCCUCUCAGCCAAUGGUCAUCCAGAUCCUCCAGUUCUUCAAAGAAUCUUCUGGGCAUUUACCGAAGGUGCGACGGCUACUGCUCUACUCUGGACGGGGGGUAAUGAUGCCCUUGCAGCUCUGCAAGCAGUGUCCAUUUGUUCUGGUCUUUUCUACACGCUCAUUCUCAAUUUUGUGUGUGUAGCGUUAUGGAGGUUGUUGAAAAUGGAAGUCGGUGAAAUGGAUCCAGAUGGUCCCAGAUGGAGACUCGGCAUGUUUGAUGUAUUCUAUCAGUGCUCUGGCAGCUUGUGGGCCAGGUUGUUGAUAGCUCUCUUUGCUCCCUGGUAUCCAAUCGGUAAUGCAGCAGGAAAGGUAUACGGAUCCAACCGUUACGUCGCCAUGGUGUKCCUUGCAAUUCCAUUUUAUGCUUGGAUUCUCUUGGAAAUCCUUCAAGUAGUUGAGGUUGGCCUGGCGUACGUUGGAUGGGCUGUGCUGUUUGGKUUCAUAGCUUACGGUACUGGAGUACGUGCGGAAAUCCGAGAAAAAUUCCACAUCGUCGGCAACCUUGGAGAAGACAUGUUUGGYAUGAUGCUGACCUACCCAUUGGCAGCCUUGCAGAUGGAAGAACAGAUGAAUGUGGAAGACUAUCCCGGAAAUGGA